UCGUUCGGUGCGUGAUCUCUCGAAAAUUCAUAUCAAAAUAAUGCUAAAUUUGUGUAAAAUCUGUGCUACGGUGUUCUAACGUGUUUAAUCUUUUUUAACGCAAGUCUGUUUGUUCCGUCGUGAGUGUGAUUUGGCCAGAAAAAUGUGUUUUAGUUGGCGGUAGUAAGCUUCUGCCGUUUCCCGAGGAACUGAAGAUUAUUCCUCCCUUUUUCAGUUCGCUGCGUAUGUGUAUACGUGUGUUGACAAAGUGUUUGACAACUUCUGGGACUGGUUGAUGGAGUAGUGGUUCUGGAGCGAAUAAUGAAAAAAUAACGCCAUCAGUGAAAUCAACAAAGAGUAAAUGUGAUGAAGUUAAAAAUUUUAUUUGGCUGAAAGCAUCAGGUUGUUAGUUUCUGAGUGAGGCAAUAAUUUGCAGAAAAAAAGUGUCGAUGACGGUGCUAAGUGAUCGUGCAGAAGGAUAUUUUCUGGAGCAAUUCUAUUGAUCUUAAGUGCGUUUUUGUGUAAUUACGAUGUUUUCCAAGAAGAAGAAAAAGCCGCAGAUUUCAUUUCCGAGUAAUUUUGAGCACCGUGUUCACACAGGAUUUGACAAACGGGAAGGGCGCUAUGUCGGUCUACCAUUGCAGUGGGCUUCAAUUGUGGGGAAUAACCAGAUCCUAAAAUCGACUAACCGACCUCUUCCAUUGAUUGAUCCAUCGGAGAUUACGCCUACGGAAAUUUUAGACCUUAAAACUAUUGUCCGACCACACCACAACCCAAAUUCCAGUGCAGCGUCCACUACUAGCAGUGAGCCCGGAAAAUUGGUUUUGCCGAAAACUUCAAGCGUCGCCCGAUCUAAUUCUUUGCGAAGCUCUAGCCCUCCGAGGGUAAGACGUGGAGAUCUACGUGCCAACACCAAUGUGCCUCCAUCGGUUCCGGAAGAACCGCUACACCUUGCAGGCAAUCAGUCUCCAUUUCCCUCAACCAACAGCAAUUUCCCGUCGAUACCAGCCAAACAACAUUUCCCCGGCAAUUUUCAUCAUCCCCAUCAGCAACCGCAUGCAAAUCCUUCCUUCCACGAUAAUCAAACUAAUGUGAACUAUCUGAACAACACGGACCCGCAAGCUCAGUCCCACGUACAUCAGCAUUCUCAUCAGCAAUUGUCAUACAACCAUCACCAUCAGCAGUUGCAGCAACAGCAGCAGCAGUCCGGAGCGCACCAUCAUCAUCUGAAUGGAAAUGUUGUGGGGCAGCAGCCGACUGUUGGGACCGCCGCGGGCAAUAAUGGCACCAACGGAAAUCACCUUUCCAAUCCGGUUGACGUGUUGACCGACGGCGCAUUGAUGCUGAACAGCAUGUCGCAAAAAUCAUCGCCUACUGGGUCGGAAAGUGUGCUUCGGUUUUCGCAGCAACCCUACCCCGGUCAAUGUCCUGGAUCGAUCCAGGGGCACCAGCAGCCGCAGCAUGGUGCGGGUCCGCCACCAUUGCUCAGCAAACCAAACUUUAGCAAUUCUGCUGCUGCCACGGCUGCUGCCGGUGGUGUUUCGACUCACCCCAACCAUCACCACCAGAAUAUGCACGGACAAAUGCCGCCGGGUAUGGCUACCCAACCGCUGGAAUUAGGCCCCGGACAAACUGCUGCCACUCAUUAUCAUCACCAUCAUCCGAACCAAUUCGCCGGGGCUGGUGGUACCCAGCAGCAACAGCUUCUAACACACCAUCAUCCGCAGCAACAGCAACAGCAACAACAGCAGCAGCAGCAGCAAACUGCACCAGGUGGUGGUAUGCUGAAUGGACCGGGUCACUAUCCAAACCAGCACCACCCAUCUAGCAUGCACCACAAGAUGCCAUCGCCAGCGUCCAUAACAGGAUCGUCCAUUGAUCAAAGUGUAAAUAAUCUCAACAAUAACAAUCCCAGUACAAAGGCCAACUCGCGUGCCUCCAGCUCCAGCGGGGGCAACGUUUCGGUUGCACACAGUACGACCUCGUCCGUGCAAACUGGAAACGCCAGCCAGCAGGGCGGCAGCUCCGGAUCGGGUAACAAAUCGGAACAGAGAUUGACUCACGAACAGUUUCGAGCGGCCUUGCAGAUGGUUGUUUCCGCUGGUGAUCCGCGGGAGAAUUUACAGAAUUUUACAAAAAUCGGCGAAGGUUCUACCGGGACGGUUUGCAUUGCAACGGACAAAUCAACGGGACGUCAAGUGGCGGUUAAAAAGAUGGAUCUGAGGAAGCAGCAAAGACGGGAGCUGCUGUUCAACGAGGUCGUCAUUAUGAGAGACUACCAUCAUCCGAACAUUGUGGAAACUUACAGCAGCUUUUUGGUGAACGAUGAAUUGUGGGUUGUGAUGGAAUAUUUGGAGGGUGGUGCUUUGACCGACAUCGUCACCCACUCGCGUAUGGAUGAAGAGCAAAUUGCGACCGUUUGCAAGCAGUGUCUGAAGGCGCUGUCAUAUCUACAUUCACAGGGUGUAAUCCAUCGAGAUAUUAAAUCCGACUCGAUUCUUCUGGCUUCGGACGGUCGCGUGAAGCUGUCCGAUUUUGGGUUCUGUGCUCAAGUAUCACAAGAAUUGCCAAAACGGAAAUCGCUGGUGGGAACACCCUACUGGAUGUCCCCGGAAGUGAUUUCUCGGCUGCCAUACGGUCCCGAAGUGGACAUCUGGUCGCUCGGCAUAAUGGUAAUAGAAAUGAUCGACGGCGAACCACCGUUUUUCAACGAACCGCCGCUACAGGCCAUGCGGAGGAUCCGUGAUAUGCCACCACCCAAGUUGAAGAACUCUCACAAGGUGUCCAGUCGGUUGCAGAACUUCCUCGACCGUAUGUUGGUUAGGGAUCCGGUGCAGCGUGCUACGGCUGCCGAGCUGCUGGCUCAUCCCUUCCUUCGGCAGGCGGGACCUCCGUCGCUGCUGGUACCGUUGAUGCGCGGAGCUAGACAUGGUAAUUGCUAGAAGCGAUUGGUUUCAGGUAAAAAUGCUAUACAGUUGAAAAGUGACCUUAUGAUUGUACAUAGGAAAGAUGAUGAUUUGAACUAUAGAAAUCUUUUUUAUAUUUCUGUUCAGUUUUGCACGUCUGGUUGAAAUUUUUUUACAAUUUUUUUUAUUAUUUUUACAAAAGUAUUCAUUGUCAAUCUGACGUCUGUUUUAAUUUUUUCAACUGUUUAUACUAUGAAUCGUUAAAGUGAUUACUUAUUAGAUAAAAGUACUUUUGCCUUACUAUACACAUAUACAAUAAUUUUCUGUAAGAAAAUAUUAUUAAUGUUAAUGGUGUAACGAAAAGUUAGAAAAAUUACAACGCCCUCAUUUUCCUAUAAAAUUUAUAGCAAUAAUAAUAGCACAAUGAGAAGAGUCUACAUCAUGUGGCAAGAAAUAGAUCAAUGCAGUCUACUUGAAAUAUAAGUCAUCGUGGCUCCACGAUGAUACCAACAAUGCCAAAUGCCCGGUAGACCUUCUUAAAGUGUUUGAUAGUACUCCUUACCAAUAACUUCAGAAAUCUCACAACGAAACGGCAGUCAGUUGAUGUACUUCUCCCACAUCGUGCGGCUGUUAACGAAACAUUCCGACAGUAUUUCUACUACUUUGAUGACACUUAAGCAAACUUCCUCCCACGGCAAGUAGGUAGGUAGGAAGCGCAUUUAUCGCGAGAAUAUCAGAUAUACAGCGGGCAAAAUAUACAUUUGCCAUUUAUUUGUUUUAAUGUAUAAGACAUAUAAUCAUUUGAAACGUUAUUUUGUUUUAAAACCGUAAAGAGUAUAAGUAUUGUUUAGUUUAACUAAUCAAACUUUACGUUUAAUUUAUGGUUAUAUGUUACUAUUUAAGUCGCAUGCCUGCCAUUCUGGAAUAACUGACAACUCGAAAAGAAAAAAAUCCGUCUUGCCUUUAGUAUUUAUUUUGUUCCCUGAAACAAUCUAAAAAUGUACCUCCAAAAAAAAUGGAAACUACUCCUUUCAUUCCGUAAAAGUACUCUCUCCACUCAAACAAGCAACGAUAAGGACUGACUGACAUUGGAAAUCGAUGAGCAACUGAAACAGUAGAUUAGUCAAAUUGUGAGGUCUUAAACUAUACAUACCUACAGGAUAAUAAACAUGGCAGCGAAUGAAUUUAUUUUACUGAUGGUAGGAUAUUUUAACGGUUAAUCAUGCAGCUAUUGUAACGAGAAGAAGCAUAUUUUAUUCAUAUAUAUAUCAUAACGUAUUUUAGCGGUGUAAAAACAAAAGUGAACAUUAUACUUAAGCUGAGUAAAUAUAUAGAUACUACUUAAGGCUAUUGUACGCUAUAUGUUAUCAUUGUGUAAAUCUCGAAAGAUUUUAAAUAAAGAUAGUGC